CUGCAGCUAAGGCAGCACUUCGGCAUUGAGGAGGAUGGAGGCACCCCUGGUGAGCCUGGAGGAGGAGUUCGAGGAUGGGCCUGGGGAUGAUGGGGGAACCCCACAGCGCACCACAGACCCAGCAUUGGCUGAGCUGGAGAGCUUUUCGACUGAGAUGAUGAGCUUCAAGUCAAUGGAGGACCUGGUGCAGGAGUUUGAUGAGAAGCUCACUGUCUGCUUCCGCAACUAUGACGCAGCCACCGAGGGCCUGGCUCCCGUGCGGGGGCAUCUCCAGGCACAGGAGGAAGAGGAGCGUCUCCAGGAUGAGGAGGUCUGGGAUGCUCUAACUGAUGGCUUCACUCCCCGGGGCUCUCCCCGACCCUGGCUGCUCCCUGGGACUGAGACCCCCAGUGGCACCGACCCCCAGCUCUGCGAGAAGGAGGAGGAGGAGCUCACUGAGAGGAGUGAGCAAGACUCAGGCAUCAAUGAGGAGCCGCUACUGACAGCGGAAGAGGUCAUCGAGGAGCUGGAGGAGCUGAUGCAGAGUUCACCUGACCCUGAGGCUGACCCUGAGGGUGAUGAUGAGGAGGAGGAGACACAGGCCGAUGCUGAGGGCGAAGGUGGGGGCACAGAGCCCAUCCUGCUGCGGGAGCUCUAUGCCUUCUCCCCUGCCUUGAACAACAACUGCUCCCACGAAGGUACUGCCUGCUUAGCCAUGGGGACAUAUUUUGGGGCCAAUUCCAACCAGUUUGGGCAAUUGAAUCCCUCCGAGAUCAGGCGCUUCAGCAUGGAGGGCAUAUCCAGCAUCCUGCACUCCGGCCUGCGCCAGACCUUUGGCCCCACCGCCAACGAGAAGCAGUACCUGAACACGGUGAUUCCCUACGAGAAGAAAGGAUCACCACCCUCCGUGGAGGACCUGCAGAUGCUCACCAACAUCCUGUUUGCCAUGAAGGAGGGGAAUGAGAAGGUGCCCACACUGCUCACUGAUUAUAUCCUCAAAGUGCUCUGCCCAACCUGA